AUGCGCCCACCGCAGAGAGCAGGACGCCUGGGGUGCUUGGUCUCCUGUCUGGGGCUCUUGUUUCUGGGGAGGGGACAGUGCCGGCCAUCGCCCCCCGAGGCGCAGGAGCUCCCCCAGCUGGAGGCGCUGAAGAGGGGGAUCCUGGAGGCUCUGGGAAUGAGCAGCCCCCCAGUGCCCAGGCAGAGGGCGAGUGAGAGGGAGCUGAGGCGGAUGCGCGCCCUCUACGAGGAGCAGCGCGAGCAGCUCCGGAGAGACCCGCCGCCCGCCGUCCUGCUCCCAGAGCGAGUACAGCUCCUGCGCACGGCGGUGGACACCAGCAGCAACUCCUCGGGACCCGGCACUCAGAGAUUCCGUGUGCUGUUCAACAGGACCGGCCUGAUGACGGAGGAGCUGGGCCUCGUCCGGGCCGAGCUCAAGCUCUACCAGCACCUGCUGCGCAGCCCCGCCCCCCGUGAGCCAGGUCUGGCCGGCCCGAUACAGGCGCGCGUCUACCAGCCUCCCCAGAACCACUCAGGGGACUGGGCCCUCAUCGCCGCCGCGGUCCUGGACUCGCGAGACGGCGGGGUUGACCUCAGAGCCCCCGUGGACCGGUGGAGGACCAGCUCCCAGGAGAUGCUGGAGCUGGAGGUAGAAACCAUCGCACGGGGGCCGCGGCCACCGCCGCCCGCCCCUCACAUCGUCCUCGGGGCGGAAACUGGGCCGGGCGAGGGGGGCGGGAGGGGGCAGAGACACAGGCGCUCCAGCCCCGAGCAGGGCUGCGGGCAGGAGGAGAGCCGGUGCUGCAGAAAGUCGCUGACCGUCUCCUUCAAGGAGAUCGGCUGGGCGGACUGGGUGCUGGCCCCCGAGACCUACACCAUGUACUUCUGCGACGGCUCCUGCCCUCACAACUACAAACCCGCCAGCAUGCACACGCAGAUCAAAUCCCGGAUGCACAAUGCUUCCAAAGGGGCUGUGCCGUCUCCCUGCUGUGUUCCCUCUGCUUAUGACUCUAUGAUCCUGAUGCACUACGACAGCGAAGGGAAACUGACUUUAAAGAUCUUCAACGAUAUGGUCGUCACUAAGUGCCACUGUGCCUGAGCUGGACAUUAUGUAUCUGGACGGUAUGCUAUAUGGAAGACAAGGGCAGAGUGUACGUUUAUCAUUUCAAUGCAUUCUGUGUUUUUUCUCUUUAUUUUUGGAAGAGGUGAGUGUGUUUUGAGGGAUAUAGAAAGAAGCAGACAUUACCAUUCCCUGUAAAAAACAGUGUUUUUUGUAUCCACUUUGUUAAAUCUGAUUCCAAAUUCCAGGACAGGUCAGAACAGAGGUUUCAGGAAAGUCAGUAGAACGACAUAAGCACUGCUUGUUUUGUUACUGUAAAAAUUCAGAGGUAUUGUAUUAUUUACUGGUCAAGUGUAGUUCGACACAUUUUUAAACCGUGCAUAAAUGAAGACAACAUAAAAAAACACUGGAAAGGGCUAUACAGAAGAAAACCUUAUAGAAAGUGAUAUAAGACAGUAUGUCUUUUGAAGAGUAAACCUGUACAGUCGCAGACAGUCUAAAAUUGUCAGGCUGUAUUGAAAAUACUCCCCAAAGCGUCACUCGUAUGCUUCAGUCCGACGCAAAUCUUGGUUAGUGGUGAAAUACUUUCUGGAAUGGGAUUUUAGACACAUGUAUUGAACGCUCUAGCAUGCUGGCAGUUUUAUUCCCAGUGAUAAGGGCUUCAUGCUAAUGACAUCAGGGCACAUUUGAAAAUGGAAAGCAUCUGACUCCAAGUGUUAAAUAUAUAAGACAGCCACCAGGUGUUUCUAUCUUAAGGCAAAAUAUCUGCAAACAGGUUAUCCUCCUAUUUGUGGAUAUAUUUAUUUUAAUAAACGGAAUAUGGAUCCCCUGUGUAUUUCUGAAAGCAUGGAUUUCAAUAACAGAUGGGUAGUUUGCUUGUAUUUAUGUGCAAUAACUGUCAAGUGGCUAAUUGGCUAACAUGUUUGU